UUCAAAAAGCUUCUGUCUUUCUAACUGGCUUGUGUGUGGAGCACGAGCGGUGGAUUUAACGGCGGAUUAUUAGCGAUUUGUGUAGCUAUGAUACAUUUCAGGAAAUAAUCGCGAACAUGUCCAGUACAGUCGGACGAGAGGGAUUUUUUGACAUCAGUCCAACGUGUCCUUCUUAUCGAGCGAAAGGACACGACAAGGAAAACGAUGCACUGGUUCCAGUUCUCAGCUUGGUUCAGUUUUCAAGGUCUCCUUUCGUAACUUUUGGAACGGUCAAGUUGGACUCAUCCAAAUCUUUGCCUUUAUGCAUUGAAAACCCAACCGAGGAGGCAGCCAUUACUGUAACUGUGGACAAAAUCCCAUCUUCCAGGGGAUUUUCAGUUGAUCAAACAAUCUUCACAAUCCCGCCUGAAGACAAAGUGAUCAUAAGUGUAACAUGGACACCAGCAGAAGAGGGUGGUGUAAGAGAACUCCUCAGCUUUAUUGCAAAUGGCAUUGUCAAGCAUCAAGCAGUUUUGCUUGGAAAAGCAGAGGGGCAAAAACCCAAAAAGCAGAAAAGUUUAUGGGAUACUAUCAAAUCCAAAAGAGUCCCUUCUCAUGGUGGAAAAGUGGCCUCGACCCCGAUCAAGGCAGCCAACAAGACAUUCCGUGUGUCUCGACAGCCACAAUAUAAGAGGAACAGAGCCUCAAAUCCAUUAAAAUCUUUAAACCAGGAAAAUAAUUGCCAAAGGCCUGUUGGCAGUAAAGAGAAAAACUCUCAAUCUGUGUAUCCUGUGAUCCCCCAAGGCAUCCCGAAGGCUAUCCAUGAUGAAUUGGAAAGCAUGCCUUCUCAAAACAAGUCCCCAGUUGUUCUGUUGGUGCCAGCUGACAAAUUUCUUUCCUCUAUGGAUAAAGAGAAUAUCUCUUCUGUACCACUGAAUAAACCUGAUUACAAAGAAUGUAGAGUGUUGAAUAAGACAAUGUCACCAAUUGGUACACCAGAGAGGUUCAACGCUUUGAUGCCGCGCUUUCAAAGUCCUCUGCCUUAUAUUUGUAAACCGAUUAAGGAUGGAUGUUCGGAGUCAUUGAGACCGAUUUUGUCUGUUGAUGAUGCUCUGGCUGUCAUUAAUUCUGAUCUGUCAUGUCCGGUGAGCCCCCCAAAUGCCUGUUCUAGCUUGAAUGUAGCAGAUUCUGUGGAUUCUGUUGAUUUAAGUUUGGAUGGUAAUAUCGAAACAACAAUAAAUGUUGUGGCAGACAGCUCCCCCCAGAUUGACAUUGCACAGCCGAGGCUAACUUUCUUUGUCAAAUCCACUAAAGCAUCAGAGGAUGAGACAAUCCCUGCUGCUUGCCCUUCCUCGGAUACACAAUUUAACAACGGAGUAGGUCAAGAUGAAUUGAACCAGGACGAUCUUAAACCAAAGAAGAUUCUUUUAAACUCUGCUACAGUUAUCAAAAGCAAAGCAGGAGCUUCUCCUAAACACAGUCCAGACACACACAAAACAAGAACCAUCAGACGUCAACUUUUGCGGAAAAGUGAGUCAAACACAGACUUACUAGAUGGGGUCUCCGUUUUGCCUGUGGUGAACUCUGAUUCAUGUGCUAAUCUUAAAUCUAAUAUAACACCACCCCAAGAAUCAGAACUAAAAUUAACGCCUCAACAACCAUCUUCAACUGAGCCUGCAAACCCCACUUGCACUGCUGUGCAACCAAUCCUAACCUUUAAUAGUGAAAAUAAUGCAAACAGUGCUGCGUCAUCUCUUGGUUUUGCCUCGGACGUUCAGAUAUUGCCCCUCUGUGUCGCCGAGGACAUGUUUCCUGUGCAUAGCCGCACGACAAGCCAGAACAGAAAGAGAAAAAGUGAAGAAUAUUUACGGAACAGCUCGGGGUGCUUACCCAAAACAUUUGAAGUCAAACAAAGCUCUGAUGAGAUGCAACAAUGCAAAAAAUCCUGCCGUGAACAAGAGUUUGGGUCAAGGAGUAAACAAAGUCAAAGAAAAAUAACUGCAUCAAGCUCGAGGAAGUCUACAAAAGUGUCGAUACAAAAGUCUGAUGCUAAAUCAACUCAACGGGGGGGACAUUCUUUGAAGUCUUUCAGCUCCUCCAACGUGAAGACCAAAAAGGUUAUAGCCGUGGCACAAAACCGGCUGAACUUUAUAAAGCCAACACAGACAGCUAUACCCAGGCAUCCGAUGCCAUUUGCUGCCAAGAACAUGUUUUACGACGAGCGGUGGAUUGAAAAGCAGGAACGAGGGUUUACGUGGUGGCUGAAUUAUGUUCUCACACCUGAUGACUUUAAAGUGGCCACUGAGGUUACCAAAGUGAAUGCCUUAUCACUGACUAUGGGAAGUGAGAAGGUGAACAUACCCAAAGCGCCAACCAAGGAAGAGAUGUCGUUCAGGACUUAUACAGCCCGGAGGCACUUGAACCGUGUUCGACGUGCAGCAUGCCAGCUGUUCACGUCUGAGAAAAUGGCGAAAGCUAUAAAGCGCCUGGAGGUGGAGGUGGAGGCAAAGAGGCUGCUUAUUCGUAAGGAUCGACACCUCUGGAAAGAUAUAGGUGAAAGACAAAAAGUUCUAAACUGGCUCCUGUCUUACAAUCCACUCUGGCUACGAAUUGGCCUGGAGACAAUCUUUGGAGAACUGAUUUCCUUGGAGAGCAACAGCGACAUCAUGGGCAUGGCCAUGUUCAUACUUGGGCGACUGCUCUGGAAUCCAGACAUUGCUGCAGAGUUCAGACACCCCAAAGUUCCCCACUUGUACAGAGAUGGGCAUGAGGAGAUGCUGUCCCGCUUUACUUUAAAGAAACUGCUCUUACUUGUCUGCUUUCUGGACAAGGCCAAAGAGUCUAGGCUAAUUGAACAUGACCCCUGCUUGUUUUGUAUGGAUGCAGAAUUUAAGACAAGUAAAGAUCUACUGUUAGCAUUUUCAAGAGACUUCCUCAGUGGGGAGGGAAUCCUUCCACGCCACCUUGGCCUUUUAGGUCUUGCCGUGUCCCACGUCCAAACCCCACUCGAUGAGUUCAACUUUGCUGUGCAGAAUCUUGCCACUGAUCUAAAAUGUGGCAUUCGCUUGGUACGCGUCAUGGAGAUUUUCACUCAAGACUGGUCCCUGUCGUGUAAACUGCGGAUGCCUGCGAUUAGUCGUCUUCAGAAGGUGCACAAUGUCGGUGUUGUACUGCAGGUGCUUAAAGAGAAAGGGGUUGACUUGAAAGACGAGCACGGUAUUGCCAUUGACUCCAGGGACAUAGUAGAUGGGCACAGAGAGAAGACACUUAACCUUUUAUGGAAAAUAAUCUUUUCAUUUCAGGUUGAGAUUCUGCUUGAUGUAGAGCAGCUUAAAGAAGAAAUCAGCUUCCUCAGGAAAACCUGGAGAACAAAACAGAAAUUGCUAUCUUUAGGGGACAAUGAAUAUGUUAUUAAGAGCAUUGCAGGAAGAUCUACAUUGGAACAUUCCAGCGAGAAGCUGGCUUUGUUGAUGGACUGGGUUAACGCAGUUUGUGGCUUCUAUGGGUUGAAGGCUGAAAAUUUUACAGUGUCAUUCUCUGAUGGUAGAAUCCUUUGCUAUCUUAUUCACCACUACCAUCCCAACCACCUGCGAGCUGAGGAUAUUCAGCAGGAAACAACACAAACAAUUGAGUGUGGCCUUCAUUCCAAAGUGGAACUGAACAACUCCUCAAGUGACUCUGACUAUUCCUUUGACUCUUUGGAGCGGAAAGAUUUGGCAUCUCCAAUAGUGAAUUUCAAAAUGCUUCUUGAGAACGAGCGAAGAAAUUUUCAGCUGGUGAGCUUAGCAGUGUCUUAUCUUGGAGCGGUUCCUGCCAUGAUUACACCAGAGGACAUGUCUAACACAAUCCCAAAUGAAAAGGUGGUUACAUGCUACCUGUCCUUCCUCUGCACUCGACUUUUGGAUCUCCGGAAUGAGACUAGAGCUGCCAGAGUUAUUCAAAGUGCAUGGAGAAGCUAUAAGCUGCAGAAGGACAUUAAGAUCAAUCAGCUGAGGAACCAGGCGGCAAAAAAAAUCCAGGACUUUGUGCGUUGCUUCAUACAGAAAAAAAGGCUGAAGAGACAGAACAUGGCUGCCACAGUCAUUCAGGCCAUCUGGAGAGGUCACAUGACCCGAGAGGAGUUGAGAAGAACGAGGGAAGCUAAAAUCCUUGCGUUGCAAGAAUCAGCUGCGAUCUUAAUACAGAAAACCUACAAGGAAUGGAAGGCACGAGUUUUCCUAACGAAGAGUCAUGCUGCUGUUGUCAUCCAGACUGCUUUUCGAAUAUGGCAUACAAGAAAAAUGGCAGUGAGGAAUUCUGCUGCUAUUCGGAUCCAGGCAUGGUACAGAAUGCAACAAUGCCAAAAACAAUAUCUCCGCAAGAAAUCCAAGGUUGUCUUAAUUCAAGCGUGGUUCAGAGGUACUCAUCAGAGGCGCGAGUUUCAACACCUGAAAAAGCGUCAUCAAUCUGCUGUUGUGAUCCAGAGCGCUUUCAGGGGCUCCCGUGUACGAAAACGCAUAGGUGAGAUGAGACGAGCUGCAGUUUCUAUCCAGAUGUGGUAUAAGGCCUGCUUGAUAAGGAAGGCUGAGCAGAAGCGUUUCGAAGAGGUUAAAUCUGCGGCUGUGAGGCUUCAAGCAGCAUUCAGAGGAUGGAGGACCAGAAGAGAAAUGUCACAGCAAAACCAGGCUGCUCUUGUCAUCCAAACUGCUUACAGGAGAUGUCUGGCUCGAAGGUCUUUCUUGUCUUUAAAGAAAUCUGUGGGUAUACUCCAAAGGCGGUACAGGGCUAAAACACUUGGAGAGCAGUUAAGAAGAGAAUACCUGUCUCUGAAGUGUGCAACAAUAAAAAUGCAGGCAUUAUGGAGAGGCCAAGCAGAGAGAAAGAGAAUCAACCUGCUCCAUCUGAACGCCACAGUGAUCCAGUCACAUUAUCGUAAACAUGUGGUGCAGACAAAGUUUAUGGCAUUAAAGCAGGCUGCUAUAGUCAUUCAAAACCAAUACAAGUGUUUUCGGGUGACUAAGGAAAAACGAUCUGAAUUUCUUGCAGUAAAAAAAGCUGCAAUAGUUCUGCAGAGUGCGUAUCGUGGCAUGAGAGUAAGGCGGGACGUGGACAAAAAAAACAAAGCCGCUGCUGUAAUUCAGUCAGCGGUGAGGGCUUAUGUUGUUCGGAAGAAUUUUCUUGCUCAAAGAAGUGCUGCCAUUAUCCUUCAGCAACACUACCGGGCAUAUUUGCUUGGACGCAUGGAGAGGCUGGAUUACGUUCGACUUAAAAAAUCAACUAUAAGUCUCCAGGCUAUUUGCCGAGGCUGCAGAGUGAGAAGAGAACAGAAGAAAAGGCAUCAUGCUGCUACACUUAUCCAGGCCUAUUUCAGAAAGUAUAAAGCACAAGUCUGCUAUGUUGCUGUCAAAUGCGCUGCUACCAUCAUACAGCAGCAUUACAGAGCGUAUGUUUUGGGCAAGGAGAUCCGUGCAUCGUAUCUACAACUUAAAACUGAGACCGUGAUUAUACAGUCGAUAUUCAGAGGAAUGAAAGUUCGCAGGAACCUUCGAAACAUGCGCAGAGCGGCAACAGUGAUUCAAGCGCAUGUUCGUGGACACAGACAGUUAGUGGAGUACAGGAGACAAAAAUGGGCUGCAGCCGUUAUCCAGAGGCAGUUCCGUGCCCACAAACAAAGGAACAUCAUUAAAAAACAGUAUCUUGCCAUGAAAGAAGCUGCAGUAUGUAUUCAGGCAGCAUACCGUGGCAUGAGGGUGAGGAAAUGGAUCUCGGAGAUGCAUAUUGCUGCAAUCGCUAUUCAAAGAAAAUAUAAAGCACACAAGCAAUCUAAAGAAUAUCAGGCCCUCAAACAGGCAACAAUCCUGGUGCAGAGGAGACACCGAGCCAAUCUUCUUGCAAAGAGGCAGCGCGAGUUGUAUUGCGCUAUGCAAAAAGCAGCCAUUUCUUUGCAGGCUGCAUACCGUGGCGUGAGGGUGAGGAAAUGGAUCUCGGAUAUGCAUAUGGCUGCAAAGGUUAUUCAAAGGAAAUAUAGAACACACAAGCAAUCUAAAGAAUACCAGGCUCUCAAACAGGCAACAAUCCUGGUUCAGAGGAGACACCGAGCCAAUCUUCUGGCAAAGAGGCAGCGCGAGUGGUAUUGCGCUAUGCAAAAAGCAGCCAUUGCUUUGCAGGCUGCAUUCAGGGGAAUGAGGGUGAGAAGAGAGAUCUGUAUGAGAAACAAAGCAGCAAAAGUAAUUCAGGCACACAUUCGUGGACACCUACAAUUAGUACAGUACAGGAGACAAAAAUGGGCUGCAUCCGUUAUCCAGAGGCAGUUCCAUGCCAACAAGCGAGGGAACAUUGUUCAAAAGAGGUAUAUCAUGAUGAAAGAAGCUGCAGUAUGUAUUCAGGCAGCAUACCGUGGCAUGAGGGUGAGGAAAUGGAUCUUGCAGAUGCAAAUGGCUGCAAAGGUUAUUCAAAGAAAAUAUAAAGCAUACAAGCAAUCUAAAGAAUAUCAGGCCCUCAGACAGGCAACAAUCCUGGUGCAGAGGAGACACCGUGCCAAUCUUCUCGCAAAGAGGCAGCGCGAGUGGUUUUGUGUUAUGCAAAAAACAGCCAUUUCUUUGCAGGCUGCAUACCGUGGCGUGAGGGUGAGGAAAUGGAUCUUGCAGAUGCAAAUGGCUGCAAAGGUUAUUCAAAGGAAAUAUAGAACACACAAGCGAUCUAAAGAAUACCAGGCUCUCAAACAGGCAACAAUCCUGGUGCAGAGGAGAUACCGAGCCAAUCUUCUCGCAAAGAGGCAGCGCGAGUGGUUUUGCGCUAUGCGAAAAGCAGCCAUUGCUUUUCAGGCUGCAUACAGGGGAAUGAGGGUGAGAAAAGAGAUCUGCAAGAGACAGCGAGCAGCCACAGUGGUACAGGCAUGGUACAGAAUGUACAGAGUAAGAGUGAGUUUUCAAGCUAUUCAAAUUGCAGCCAUCCUGAUUCAAAGAAAGUACCAGGUUUACAAAGAAAGGAAGCGUUUCUUGUCCAUGAAAGCGGCAGUCUUGCUUUGUCAACGAAAAUAUCGAGCCAUUUUGGCUUCAAGGCAGCAGCGGAAAGCUUACCGUGACAAGUAUAAUGCUGUGCUUGCAAUUCAGGCAGGAUAUAGAGGAAUGAAGGUCCGGCAGCAGAUGCAAAUAAAACGCAAAGCUGCGAUAACUAUUCAAUCCCAUGUCAGAAAGCGUUUGAACCAAAAGUACUACCAGAAGCUACUUUGGGCAUCAAGAACAGUUCAGAGACUCUUCAGAGCUAAUAAAUUGAGAAAGCAAGCCAUCGAGUCCUUCAGGAAAAAGAGAGCUGCUAUUAUUUUACAGGCCGCGUUCCGUGGUAUGCAGGCCAGACAAGCACUGACUCAAAAGCACCAGGCUUGUACCAUUUUACAGAGUGCUUACAGAGCUCAUUGUGCUCGGACACGAUAUUUGUGUAUGAAAUAUGCCGCUAUUGCUAUUCAGCAAAGAUUCCGUUCUGCGCUUGCAGCUCGGAGGCAAAGGGAGCAAUUCCUGAGGUUGCGUCGUGCUGUAAUUACCAUUCAAGCCUACUACAGAGGUCUUAGUGUCCGGAGGGAAAUGAUUCUUCGACAUCAAGCAGCUACAAUUAUUCAGGCGGCUUUCAGAAGACAUGGGGAGGAAACGAAGUACCAGGCCAUGAGGUUGUCUAGUAUUCUCAUUCAGAGACAUUACAGGUCCUAUGUUGAAUCUAAGGCAGUCCGGGAGAAAUAUUUAGCAUUGAAAACGUGUGCCAUACGUCUCCAGGCUGCUUAUCGAGGACAUUCUGUUCGACAGAAUAUGGCCAAAAUGCACAACGCUGCCACUGUCAUUCAGGCAGCAGUAAAAAUGCAUAAGCAAAGGUCGACGUUCAGAAGGCAGAAGUGGGCUGCAGAAGUUAUCCAGGAGAGAUUUAGAGCUUGGAAGCUUGGGAAUCAACAAAGACAGAAAUACCUGCAUUUAAAGGAUGCCACCUUGUGCUUGCAGAAGUGGUUCAGAGGCAAAAAGGGAAGAGAACUUGUAAAACGUAUCAAAGCAGCAAGGACGAUCCAGUCCUACGUAAGGAUGUCCAUCCAAAGGCGGUGCUUUAUGAAGACAAAAGCUGCAGCAGUUACUAUUCAGUAUGCUUACAGGGCACAUUAUUGCCGAAUGCAGCAAUCCAGGAUGCAAAAUGCCGCAGUCUUAAUACAGCAGUGGUACAGAUCAUGCAGAUUGGUCCAGAAAGAGCGAAAGUACUUCCAAAGAAUUCAAAAAUCCACACUGACUUUGCAGCAUGCAUUACGGCAAGCGAUCGCAAGAAGAUUCGAAAAACAAAGACUAGCGGCUAUCAAGAUUCAGUCUGUGUUGCGCAUGCAUUUGCACCGUCGUCGCUACGUUAAGUUGCGCUCAAGUGCUGUAAAGCUACAAGCUAAUUUCAGGAUGCGAACAGCCAGGAGAAGUUACCUAAAACAACAGGCCGCUGCGGUAAUAAUACAGACGUACUUCAGGGCAUACAGAGCAAAACUGGAACAGAGACACCGUUAUCUUAGGACACUGGAUUGCAUCCGUGCCAUUCAAGCGGGAGUGCGUGGACUUAUUGCAUCCAGAAGAUUCCAAGAAAUGAGACGAAGUGCUGUCAAGAUUCAGGCAUGCUAUCGUGGAAUGAUUGAGAGGCGCAAAUUUCAGCAACGGAAGAAGUCGGCAUGCGUCAUUCAGAAGCAUUACAGGGCCUAUCAACUCUGCCAAACGGAGCGGGAACAGUUCCUCAAACUUAGGAAUUCUGCACUUCUCAUUCAGAGAGAAUUCCGUGCCUACCGAUCAAGAAGACUUGACCUGCAGAGACGAGCGGCACUUAAAAUUCAAGCUUGGUUUCGAGGAUGCCAGGCCAGACGCGCCUAUGUCUCGAAACAAAAUGCCAUUGCAAUCAUCCGUAGAUGCCUUCAAACUAGAUUUCAGCGGUUAAGGUUUCAAGCGAUCCAGCACAGUGUCAGUGUCAUUCAGCAAAGAUGGCGGGAAACUCUGAUUGCUAGGAAACAGCGAGCCCAAUUCCUACGAAUCAGAAAUUCCGUUGUCGUCAUGCAAACCCUGUGGAGAGGUGCUAGGAAGAGGAGAGCAGUUCAAAGGGCAAAAGAUAUUGCAAGACGACAUCGUUUUGCAGCUGCUGCUCAUCAUCAUUUGUGCGCAGUGAGGAUACAGAGGGCACUGCGAAUUCAUUGGGCAAUGAAAGCAGCGAAGAGGCAGAUUUCCUCAGUCAUUUAUAUUCAGCGCUGGUACUUGGCUAAGCUUCAGCAAAGACGAUAUCUUGAGCAACGGCAGAAAAUCAUCACGGUUCAGAGAGCAGUGAAGGCUUGGUUCAGUCAUCGUAAUGAAGCGGCCACUGUUCUCCAGCGCACCGCCAAAACAUUCCUUCUGAGACGCAGGAAAGAGAGACUGCAAUGUGGAAUCAUAAAGUUCCAGGCACUCUGGAGAGGUCAUCGUUCAAGGAAGCUUCACGACACGGCCAAAAUGGUUUCCAUCAGGCAUCGCUUGCAGAAAGUCAACAGAGAGGCCAAGGAAGAAGACAAGUUGUGUCACAAGACUUCAACUGCUUUGACUUACCUUCUUGGAUAUCAAAAUUAUGCCCAUAUUCUCACUGCCUUGAAGCAUUUAGAAACUGCAACCAGACUUUCUCCAGAGAGCUGCGAGCACCUUGUGAAUAGUGGCGCAACCCACACCAUCUUUACCCUGAUAAGGAACUGCAACCGGAGUGUGCCGUCUAUGGAGGUCAUCACGUUAGCAAUUCAAGUUCUUCUCCAUCUAUCAAAAUACAACAAGACCAUAGACGCUGUUUACGAUGUGGAGGACUCCGUGGAAACACUCUUGGAUUUGCUACAGAUGUACAGAGAGAAAGCUGGGGAUAAGGUUGCAGAAAAGGGGGGCAGCAUCUUUACCAAAGCAUGCUUCCUUUUGGUGAUUUUGGUACAGGAUGAAAAACGGGCAUUGGAGGUGAAAAAGCUCCCAAGGGCCUCAGAUCGCAUUUGCAGGAUUUAUAAGUUAAUACUUAAAAAAUGCAAAAUGGAUGCCCAGAGAACCAAAGUCAGCCAAAGGAUGAAUGUCUCACUGAAUGGAAGCUUCCUUCCCCAAGCCACUCCUCAAAAGUCUAAGCCAAUACUAAGAUUUGUACCAGACUGGGUUCUUGAACGAAAGAAGAUGAACAUUGUAGACCCUCUCAGUGCCAUCCAAGCAUUGGUUAAAUCUCUUGCCAUUGUACCCUGAGCACACAGCAAGAGUUAAUGUACAUAGUGAAUUUAUUUGCUUUUUUCCUUCUAACUUGUAAAUAUUUCCCAGUGUUUUAGAUUGCUGUCAUAGCUAUAAACAUUUAGUAUCACUAUUCUAUUUUUAUUUUUUUACAUUCCUGUUCUUUGCAUUGCCAUAGUCAGAACAGUCUUUUUAUAUGUAAAAAAAAAAAAUGUAAUAAAAUAGGUUAUUGAGUGCUGUUUUCAAUCAAUGUGCUUUGCUCUGUAACCGAAUGAAUUCGCGGAAAAUUCAUGAGCAGUCUUAAAUGUACAAGAAUUAUUCUUAAAUAUAUUAUGUGCUUUCCUUAUGGUUGUGUUAGAAUUGUAGCACUGGAGAAGCAUUUUUUUAUUAUUUUUUUUUAAAUAACUAAAAAUAAAUUUACUGAAUAAUAGUGACUGCUUAACAAGGGAAUAGCCUGCCUGUUCUGUUUUGGGGUUUUUUGUAUGCACACAAUGGAAUGUGUAAAAAGUAAAGACUGUUGGCUACAAAAAAUGUAUUAGGAAAUUCAUUGACUCCGAACAUUUGAGUUCCAAUAUAUCUUGGUAAACAAGCCGCUAGUGAACUGCAACUUUAGGUUUCUAAUUCACCCACUGCAAUAAAGUGGCUAUUGGGAAA